GUAUCUUUCCAGUAAUCUAGUUUAUGUCAGCGUAGGCGGUGGCGGUGAGGAAUAGCAAUGUGCCGUUCAUAACAUGAUGAUUACGCAAGUAAACGGGAGAGUGGUAUGACCGGAGCGGAACAGUCGGCCAACAUGACGGAAAGCGCAGCCAGCAAGCUUUUGAAUGGAGAGACUUGUCUCUGGACUAGUAAUGGCAAAAAACCGGGAAGGAAUGGCUUCGUGAAAACACACUGCAUAUUCCAACAGCAGAAAUGCCGUCGUCCCAAGGAGAAUCACAAUAUUGGGCGCAAUGCAUCACUCUACAAUAAGCCAUUUGUGGAGUCGUUUGAGGAAACGCCUCUGCUUGUGGCUGUGCUCACGUACAUGGGCUAUGGCAUUCUUACUCUCUUCGGCUACCUGAGGGAUUUUUUGCGGGACUGUAAUUUCGAGAAGUGCCAUGUGGCCAAGGAGAGAGAUGAGCAGAAGGACUUCGUUCCUUUGUAUCAGGACUUUGAGAACUUCUACACAAGGAAUUUGUACAUGAGGAUCAGGGAUAACUGGAACAGACCAAUAUGCAGUGUGCCAGGGGCUAAGAUGGAUGUUAUGGAGCAUGUGACCCAUGAUUACAACUGGACUUUUAAGCACACCGGAACAGUGUUGAUUGAUGUUAUCAACAUGGGCUCCUAUAACUAUCUGGGCUUUGCAGAGAAUUCUGGACUUUGUGCAGACGCGGCUGCACAGGCCACAAUGAAGUACAGCAUGGGAGUGUGUGGCACAAGGCAUGAGAUAGGAAAUCUGGACAAACAUGAAGAGCUUGAGAAAUUAGUGGCCAGAUUCCUGGGUGUUGAGUCCUCCAUGGUGUUUGGCAUGGGUUUUGCCACCAACUCAAUGAAUAUUCCAGCUCUUGCAGGCAAAGGCUGCCUGAUUCUGAGCGAUGAGCUAAACCAUGCCUCUCUGGUAUUGGGGGCACGUCUGUCUGGUUCCACUAUUCGGGUCUUCAAACACAACAAUAUGCAGAGCCUGGAGAAGUUACUGAUGGAUGCUAUAGUUCACGGCCAGCCCAGAACCCACCGACCCUGGAAGAAAAUUCUCAUUCUAGUUGAAGGAAUUUACAGUAUGGAGGGCUCAAUAGUGCGUUUGCCUGAGGUCAUUUCCUUGAAGAAGAAAUAUAGAGCCUACCUGUACUUGGAUGAGGCCCACAGCAUUGGAGCUCUAGGACCAGGGGGGAGAGGUGUGGUGGACUACUUUGGUUUGGACCCAUGUGAUGUUGACAUUAUGAUGGGCACCUUUACAAAAAGCUUUGGUGCUGCUGGUGGCUACAUAGGAGGAAAUAAGAUGACAGACAUUCCUGCUCAAAUAGGCUAUAUACUGGAGUUGAUCGACUACCUGCGCACACACUCUCACAGUGCAAUUUAUGCAACAUCCAUGUCUCCUCCAGUGGCCCAGCAGAUUAUCACUUCCAUGAAAUGCAUCAUGGGGGAGGAUGGCACAACAUUAGGUCAAGAGAGACUCUGUCAGCUUUCCAAGAACACAACCUACUUCCGUAGGAGACUCCAGGAAAUGGGUUUUAUUAUCUACGGGAACAACAACUCACCUGUGGUACCCCUGAUGCUCUACAUGCCUGCUAAAAUCGGAGCAUUUGGCAGAGAGAUGUUGAAGAGGAACAUUGGCACAGUGGUGGUUGGAUUCCCUGCCACACCCAUAAUCGAGUCCAGAGCACGCUUUUGUGUGUCUGCUGCCCACACCAAAGAGAUGCUGGACACUGCGCUAAAUGCCAUCAGUGAAGUUGGGGACCUGCUGCAGCUGAAGUACUCUCGACAUGCCAGGCCAAGCAACGAAGAAACCAAACAGUUUUCAUAUCUGGAUAGCCAUCAGGACUAACCCAAUCAGUCUGCCAUCUGAACCAAAAGGUGGACUGACCACAUAUCAGACUGUUCAUGUUCUAUAGGCCACUAAUGGGACACAACAAAGCUAGAUUUUUACAUUUUAUUUGGUUGUGUUUAUGGGAUGGAUGCAUCAAAAUGUGCCCUAUUAACUAAUCAGAUGUUGAGUCUUGUUUGUUACCCUUUUCACUCAGUAAUAGCAAUACCAGUAGUAACAUAAACAAACAGGUCCAGGGUUUUUGGAAUUUGGAAGUUUUUUGUUUUCUGCUUUCAACCAGAGCUUCUGUUGAGGCUGAGAGAAAAAAACAUACAUUUUACUAAGGAAAUAUGCGUUUUGUGUGCUCUAAUAAUAUUAUUUAUUACGAAGAGAACUCCUAUAAAUGUCAGUCAAUAUAGAGCAACCAACUGUGAUUAAGUAUUAUAAAGAGAUGGUUAAGAAUGUAACAUUUCACAUCUACAGAAGCGUAUAGAUGGCAUUGCAACACUAUCUUGUUUCAGCUGAUUAGUGCAACAGAGUUUUAGGGUAAUCUGUAAAAUAUUUAUAUUAUUAGAAUCUUUUCAAAAGGAAAUGUAAAAUAAGGUGUUUUUGUUUAUUGGAUUUAAACCUUAUUAAACUGCCAAAGCAUAAUUAGUGAUUAGGAACUAAAUAUGACCUACACACCCGUAAGUCAUAAUUUGAAAGGUUCUGUAGAGAGAAGCAUGGUAAUUCAAUAUUCAAGAAAGUCAGACAACCUAUAGAAAUGAAUUGUUGUGGCAUUUCUAAACGUCUGUGAACAUCUCUCAGGAUGCUAAAGGAACAUUUAUGAACACACAAAUAUUUAUGCAUUUUAGCGACCACAUACUUUUCUAGGUCCAUUAAUCUCCAUGUCCUGGCACAAUUUCAAAAAGAUUUCAUAGUUUAUUUAUUUAUUCUUUAUGUAAAGGCUUUGCUGUGUAAUACAUUUUUAAUUAUCAUGGUCUCAUGUAAUUUGUGAGGAAAAUAAGAUGAGAGGUCUACAAUACUUCUGUCAUAGAAUAUUGGAACUGGAAACUGAAAUGUGCUGUGUUCUACAACUUCUGACUCUAUUUUGAUUGUUCACUUACUUGAGUGCAUAAUAUUGAUGUUUCACAUUAUUUGCAAGGUCAGUAUGACCUUUUAUACAGGGCACUCACUCAGUUAGAAGUUACUGAAAAAAUGCACAGGAUUUCUCUAUUUAUUAAUGAUGUUUGUUCCUUCUGCUCCCAUUAAAGCAAGCCUUAUUAUUAGUUUUGGUAGCAGCUCUGUUUAAGGUAAUAGAAGUGUAUAACCUCAGUGCACCCACUACUGAUGACGUGACGUUAUGUGACGUGAAUAUGAUGUAGGCACAGAGGCCGCAUAUGUAUUACAAAUCUUCAUAAGGACACUGUGCUGUUUUUGAUGGAAGAAGGAAAAACAAAGGGCAUUCCAAAUUUGUCUGACUGUAUGUUUUGCACUCAGUUCAUGAUUUACAUUAUGGACCUGAAGCAGAUACAGAUGAUGAUGUAUGUGUCUCAUGCACAUUUUUUUUUCACAGAAGCUGUGAUGUUUGUCAAAUGUGACUUCUUUAAAACUGACCAUUCUGUUAAAAAGAACUAAACAAAAUUAAAGAAUAUUAUACCGAC